AUGACAGACCAGAUUUCAGAGACCAGUAAAGUUCUGGAAAAUAACCUGUAUAGUGCAGAAUUGAGUUCACAAGAUAAAGAUAUCAAUGAUGUACAUUUUCAAUAUGAAAAGGAGCAUGAUUUGGAAAAUUCAGAUUUCAAUAGUGACAAAGAAAAAAUAAGUGUCACUUCUAUUGAUGGAUUUGAGGAAGAUACCACCGAGUUUGGAAAAGUUGAAAGAAAGACAAACUGGAUAAUUAAAUUAUAUUCACUGUUAAAUGCUGAACAAAAAGGUGUUGAACCAAUAACUGAUGAAGAAAAGAAUGACGAUUCUAUUUUCGGUGCUACCACUAUGUGGUUUUCUGCAAAUAUGGUUGUGUCCUCCUAUGCAUUAGGUGUCAUCGGACCAGUAACAUUUGGGUUGAAUUUUGGUACCUCCAUUUUAACUAUUAUUUUUUUCACUCUAUUGGGUAUUGUUUGGGUCGCUUUUUUCUCUAUCUUUGGGGCUGAAUUUGGUUUGAGACAAAUGAUUCUAUCUCGUUUCUUAGUAGGAAAUGUCACGGCAAGGGUAUUUUCCUUAAUUAAUAUGGUUGCAUGUGCUGGCUGGGGUAUUGUGAAUACCAUUGCUGCUGCUCAACUUAUCUCCGCUGUCAACCCAGGUCCUCAUUCUUGUCCACCAUGGGCAGGUUGCAUAAUUAUAACUAUUGGUGUCAUUUGUAUAACGUUUUUUGGUUAUAAAGUAAUUCAUACUUAUGAGAAGUGGUCAUGGGUGCCCAAUUUUGCCGUGUUUUUGGUUUUAAUUGCCCAACUUUCUAGAUCAGGUAGUGUUACAUCUGGGGACUGGGGCGGUGGCGCAAACACGGCUGCUGGUGUCUUAUCGUUUGGUACAAGUAUUUUUGGUUAUGCAGCUGGAUGGACAACAUAUGCGGCAGAUUACACUGUAUAUAUGCCAAGAAACACGAAUAAAUACAAGAUUUUCUUGUCCUUAUGUUUUGGUUUGGCCGUUCCUUUAUGGUUUACGCUAAUAUUAGGUGCUGCAUCUGCUGUUGGUACAUUUAAUAACCCAGUCUGGAAUGAUUACUAUCAGAAGAAUUCGGUAGGUGGAUUGACAUUUGCCAUUCUAGCAGUAGAUUCAUUGGGCGGUUUCGGUCAAUUCUGUUGUGUAUUGUUGGCCAUGUCAACCAUUGCUAACCAAAUUCCUAACAUGUACUCCAUUGCAUUAUCCGCACAAGCUUUAUGGGAUCCUCUUGCUAAAGUUCCCAGACCAAUAUGGACGUUGGUAGGGAAUUGUGUCGUUUUAGGAAUUUCAAUUCCUGCCUACUAUCAGUUUAGUGGUUUCUUAAGUGAUUUCAUGGAUUCGAUUGGAUAUUACUUAAGUAUAUAUAUUGCAAUUGCCAUCUCAGAACAUUUUUUCUGGAGAAGAGGAUUUAAAGGAUACAAUAUUGAUGAUUGGAAUAAAUGGGAUAAACUACCAAUAGGCAUUGCUGGUAUGUCUGCAUUUGUAGUGGGAGUCGUUGGUACAGCCCUAGGUAUGUCUCAGACAUACUGGACAGGUGAAAUUGGCCGUCUUAUCGGCAACGAAGGCGGGGGUGACAUUGGUUUUGAACUGGCCUUCUCCUGGUCUUUCAUUGUAUAUAAUCUUGUCAGACCAUUGGAAUUAAAGUAUUUUGGUCGUUAA